AUGCCGGCUAAUGAUCAAACAAUGCUUCGAGAAAUGAUAGGCACUGCGACUACCUCGUACUCCCCCUCAUCAACAAUCUCUCUCGAUGUCAAUUACCCAGCUAAAAUACCACUAACUCGUAAAGCGACAAAUACGGAUCAACGGACCGCUGGAACUGUCAACAAUUUGGAUAGUGAUUAUCAGGAUUCAAGAGACAUCCGAGACACAACUUCACGCAUACGAGAAUUUGAAGAAGAUAUCGAUCGUCAUUGUCGUGAUAAUCGUAUUGUGCAAGACGACGACGAAUAUCGUUUAUUGAAACUUUAUCGUUCAAUGGGAAGCACCGAAAAAGUCAAAUUUCUCGAAGGCGCAGAAAAGUUAGCUGGAAUUUAA